CGACAAUAUACAGGACCAGUAGUCGGAGGAGUUGUGGGCAAUACUAAUCCCAGAUACUGUCUGUUUGGCGAUACCGUCAACAUUGCCUCCAGACUGGAGACAACGAGUCAGUCCUAUCGCAUACACAUUAGUAAAGCCACUGAAGAGAGGCUGAAGAGGAGCGGCCAAUAUAUCAUGGAAUACAGGGGAGAGAUAACCCUAAAAGGCCGUGGAAAGCAACCCACGUAUUAUCUCAUUGGGAAGCAUGGCUUUGAUAAGAUACUACCGGCGCCUAUGGAUAAAGAUAAUGGCGUUCGUGAGUGUGUAUGUGUGUCGCCUCACAAGUCUGUCUUCGCCUCGUCGUCGUCGCCGCGGUUACCGCUAUCCGAGCUGUCGGUGCGCUCAUCGCUGGUCGCCAUCUCAACGCCCGCAUCCCUGUCCUCAUCGAUCUCCGGACUCUCAUUCUGUGCCAUCCCUUUGCCAGUCAUGCGGACCAUCGACGCGAAGAGUCCGCUCUCAUUAGCCAAUAGUGUGUGCGGUUCGUCAAACUCGAUGACCCGCCCGGCGUCCAACACUAGCACCCGAUCCGAGUCCAUAAUGGUGUGCAGCCUAUGGGCGAUGGUUAGUACUGUGCAGUCGGCGAACUUGUCCCUGAUGGUCUGCUGGAUCAACGCGUCGGUCCUAUUGUUAGCCAAAAAGACUAUAUUAGGGCAAACAAAAAAGCAUGAAUGUAAGCACACGUACGUGGGGUCGACAUUGGCCGUGGCCUCGUCCAGCACCAGAAUCCUAUUCCCGGGCGAGGCAUAUGAGCUGUCUCUGGCCGACACUGAAAUUGCCGCCGCCUUCCGAUAUGUCUGCGUCCAGACCUCCGGCCAGGUCUAUGACGGCGUCCUUCAGGCGGACCUCUUCGAGCACUUCCCACAAGCGUUUGUCUGUGUGGCCGUUGAAGGGGUCGAUGUUUCGCCGGACGGGACCGGCGAACAGCACCGGGUCUUGCGGUAUAAU